CGACACCGGGAGGGGCGGCUCCGCCAGGACCGGCCGGAGACGGGGCGCGAGGUGGCGGUCGAGGGUCGCUCCAUCGGGCAGCGGGCAGAGUGGGCGGCGGCGAGCCCGGGGCCGUGCGGGGCCUUUAGCGGGGGCAGCGCACACGGUCGCUCCCGGCGGUGCCGCUGUCGGGUCCGGCCCCACGCCCCGGCCCGGAGCACAAGCCCAGGUCCCCGGUCAGGGCCGUGCGCUCGGAUGGGCUCGGUGCCACCUUCCCCGGGAGCGGGGCAGGGACCCUGCCGGUGUCAGUCCCCCAGGCCCGCUGGUUUCUUCCUGUGCCUGGCGGCAGCGUGCACGGUAAAGCUGUCCGGGGCGGAGAUGACAGUGCCAGAAUUGUCAGGGUUGGAAGGGAUGAAUCUCUGGAGAUCGCCCUGUCCAACCCCCCGCCAACGCAGGGUCACCUGGGGCAGGUGACACAGGAACGUGUCCAGGUGUGUCUCCAGAGAGGGAGACUCCACACCAUCCCUGGGCAGGCACUAGGGGACAGUGCUCUGCCAUCCUCAAUGUAAAAAAGUUAUUCCUCGCAAUCAGGGCAGACUUCUUGUGUUUUAUUUCGUGGCCACUGCUUCCUCUCCUGUCACUGCGCACCACUGAAGGGAGUCUGGCACCACCCUCUUGACGCCCACCUUGAUGAUAUUUAUAUGGAUUGUUGAAAUUCCCUGUCAGCCUCCUCUUCUUCAGAUUAAACAGGAUGAACUCACAGUCUCUCACUCUCCUCAUACGAGAGAUACUCAAGUCCCUUAAUUAUCUUUAUGUGCUCCUCUGGACCCUCUCCACCAGUGCCUUGUCUUGUACUGGGAUGUCCAGUUGGGGCUGGACAGCAGGGAGGUGGCUGCUGGACAGGGAGGGGCCAGGGAAGCCCAGGCAGAUGGCAUCAGUGCUUCCCAACGUGCCCAUCCUGCUGCACACAGGGCAGAGCUGUCAGACCCCUACCAGGCUUGGGAGCUGCUCUUUGCAGUCCCUCUCUGGUCCUGACAGGAGGAGACAGAGCAGCAGAACAGCAGCCUCAGUGUGGAUCCACUCACAGUUACUGAGGGACCAGGCAGGGCACCCAGUUGUCUCUGGGCUUAAGAGGCACUCCAGAUUAUGAUUUGAAAAUAAAAGACAAACCUCUGGCAUCCUGGUGCUCAAUUCUGUGGCUGUGCUAAGAAUCAGCUAGGAAAUUCCUUCUGCCCCCUAGUAGGUGGAUUUCCUUUCCCACCAGCUUUGCAGGCUCUGGAAGAGGCUCUUUGCUGUGUUAGGGUUGGGCUGUUCCUCUGUUUGCUGCCAGCUGCCCCCUCAGCUCUGAUCACUGUUCCUUCUCCCACCAAAUCCUUGAGUUUAACCCCAAACCAAACAAGCAGAGGACAGAAAAGAGGGAAGGUAACAAAUGCAUUCCACAUUUUAACAUACAGUGGCUUCCAGGACAUAAACUGGGGUCUCUCCUGCCUUAUGUCCAAGUACCUCUCCCAACAGCCACAGUAGUUUCAUGGUCCAGGCAAAGGCUGAAGGAACAACAUCCCCACUCCUGCCCUCGCUGGAGCCCAGAGUUUGGUCAGAGAGAGGCUCUAGCCAGGUAUCGAUCAGCUGCCCGGAGGGGCACCUUGAGGGCAGUUGUCGCAAUCCAGUGAUCUGAUAAUUCCCGUCGCCUGCCGGGGCUGUGCCAGCCCUGGAGCCCUCCGGUCGCAGCAGUCAUGUGGCAGUUGGCUAAUGAGGUGACGCCCUGCAGGGGCAGCACAUUGUCAGGUGGAAGAGGAGACCCACACAGGCCCAGGGAGAGCUUUACGGUCUGUUCUGUCCUACCGGCCAUGGAUAGGAAGCAGAAGCAAGCACAGAAGGCCAGGCCCUGUGGCCUGCUGAAGCAGACAGCUCUAAACAAGAUUGUGGGCAGAUUCCAGCUGCACCAGGAAGCGCUGCCCCAGCUGCCCGUGCCCCCCCUGCAGCAGACCCUGGACCGGUACCUGCUGGCCCUGCAGCCCAUCAUCAGCCCCGAGGAGCUGAGCCACACACAGCAGCUCGUGGCCGAGUUCCGCAAGCCGGGAGGCGUCGGAGAGAGGCUGCAGAAAGGCCUGGAGAGAAGAGCCAGGAAAACAGAGAACUGGCUCUCAGACUGGUGGCUGAAGACAGCUUACCUGGAAUAUCGCUUGCCAGUUGUGGUCCACUCCAGCCCAGGUGUGGUUUUACCUAAGCAGGAUUUUCUGGAUCGACAAGGUCAGCUCAGGUUUGCUGCCAAGCUGAUCGAGGGUCUCCUGGAUUUCAAGGCCAUGAUUGACAAUGAGACCCUUCCAGUGGAGUACAUGGGUGGGAAGCCCCUCUGUAUGAACCAGUACUACCAGAUCUUCUCAUCCUGCCGCAUUCCCGGGCCUAAGCGGGACUCCAUUGUCAACUAUGCCAAAGGCAAAAAGCAGUCCAGACACAUCACAGUUGUUCACAACUUCCAGUUCUUUGAGCUAGAUGUUUACAACAGUGAUGGAUCUCCCCUUACUGCUGACCAGCUCUUCAUUCAGCUGGAGAAGAUUUGGAACACCUCUCUCCAAACAAACAAAGAACCUAUUGGGAUCCUCACCACCAACCACCGAAACAGCUGGGCUAAAGCCUACAACAACCUCCUGAAAGAUAAGACCAACAAGGAGUCCGUGCGUGCGAUUGAGAAGAGCAUCUGCACCGUGUGCCUGGACGCCCCCAUGCCCCGGGUGUCCGAGGACAUCUACAAGAGCCGCGUGGCCGCGCAGAUGCUGCACGGCGGCGGCAGCCGCUUCAACAGCGGCAACCGAUGGUUCGACAAAACCCUGCAGUUCAUCGUUGCUGAAGAUGGCUCCUGUGGUCUCGUAUAUGAGCACGCUCCCUCCGAAGGCCCACCCAUCGUUGCUCUUCUGGACCACAUCGUGGAGUUCACGAAGAAACCUGAGACAGGCAAAUCGCCUACAGUUCAUCUACCAAUGCCCAAAAAGCUGCGGUUUAACAUCACCCCAGAAAUCAAGAAUGACAUAGAGAAGGCAAAGCAAAACCUCAACAUAAUGGUUGAAGAUCUGGAUAUCAAAGUCAUGGUCUUUCAUCAAUUUGGGAAAGGAUUUCCCAAGUCAGAGAAGAUAAGCCCUGAUGCUUUUAUCCAGCUGGCGUUGCAGUUGGCAUACUACAGGAUGUACGGCCGCGCCUGUGCCACGUACGAGAGCGCGUCCCUGCGGAUGUUCCGCCUGGGCCGCACCGACACCAUCCGCUCCACCUCCGUGGACUCCCUCAAGUUUGUGCAGUCCAUGGACAGCCCUGACAAAUCGGACCAGGAGAAAGCAGACCUGCUGAGGAGAGCCACGCAGGCCCACAGGGAAUACACAGACAUGGCCAUACGGGGCAAUGCCAUAGACCGGCACCUCCUGGGGCUGAAGCUCCAGGCAAUCGAGGACCUGGUGAGCAUUCCUGAGCUCUUCAUGGACACAGCCUAUGCUGUUGCAAUGCACUUCAACCUCUCAACCAGCCAGGUCCCAGCCAAGACAGAUUGUGUGAUGUGCUUUGGUCCCGUGGUUCCAGAUGGCUAUGGAGUGUGUUACAACCCCAUGGAGGAACACAUCAACUUUGCAAUUUCAGCCUUCAAUAGCUGUGCUGACACAAACGCAGCCCGCAUGGCACAUUACCUUGAGAAAGCACUCCUAGACAUGAGGAUCUUGCUCCAGGCUGCUCCCAAAUCCAAACUGUAAGAGGGAAACCCCCCAGUUAAAUGGGCUAUCCCUGAUGCACUGAAGCUCCCAGUUCCUCAGAAAACGAUUCAGAGAACAGCUUGCCCUGGAACCUAAGAAGAUAUUUACCAUUUGUAUUCAGCAAGAUGUUACAGACUAGUCACCCACAGAUGUCAGACUCUGUAGUGAGAGGAAACACUGCCUCAAACCAAAGUAGAACUGAGAGGGCCUCUCCCAUCAAUGCAAAGUGCACCUUCCUGUCCUCAAAGAGGACACAAAUAUGAUUUUUAUGAAAACUACUGAAAGAGAAUACAGAAAGCACAGUCCUUGCUAGUGUCUAAAUCCAUUUGGUGAGGAAGGUAGUUCUUGUCCAUGAGAAGAGGGAAUGAUUAUUGUAUGAUAGAACUGCUGUAAGACCAAGUCUUUUUCCUGGUUUCAUCUUCUGAAGAGCAUCUUCCAGUCUUGACUGAAGAUUUUUCUCCUGCUCGAGCAAAGCCUCAUCAUUCAACUUCAGCAAGGGGAGAAGGAAGUCCAGCCAGAGCAGAUCCAGUCUCAUCAGAGUACACUGCACUACUUAUCCCAGGCACUCCAGCCAGUACAGGCUCUACAGGAAUGUUCCUUUCCCCUUGUUCAGGAUACUGGGAUCUCCUUCGUCUUACACUGACCCUCUUAACAACAGGACAUGACUUGAUACAAACUAAGGUGAUUUUACUGUUUCAGGUUCUUUUUCUUGUUGUUCUUGCUCUGGGCUUUUUGUUAAGCUUCCUGCCAUGGUCCUACCAUUGAUCAUCCAGCUCAGCCUUAAGCUUUUUCCCCAUAGAGCUUCUACAAAACUCUCCUCAUGUAAGUUUUGCCAGCUUUGGCUAUAGGUACCUGCACAUCUGCAGAGAUGAGAAGGAAUUUCCUAGGCAUUUAGCUUGACACUUGCUCCAUUGCACCUUUCUUUGGAGCUGAGGAAAAGAAAAAGAUGCUGACUCUUUAUUAACAAGCCACAUGUCUGAUGUCCUUCAGGACACACACAUCAACCCAAUGUGGUUUUACACCUUGCUUUCAGAAACAGCUUUUUGUGCACAAUGUUAUGCCUGAGCUGUGGACAAAUAAGGAUGAUUCUGAUCAGGAACUCCAACACAUACUUCCAUUCCUGGCCCACAGAGUUGAAAUCUGUUAAAGGGCAAAGGAAAAACAGCUGCAGAAACCCUUCUUUCACUCUGCUGUAACAAGGCAGAAAAUCUUGAAAAACAAGAAGAAAGCUGUAGGGUUUUUUUCUGCACUGUUCCUGCACAGCACCUUUUCUGCCACUCUGGGGAGUUAUUUCUUACUGAAAUACUACUCCAAUCUGUGUCAGCUUUAUUCUGUGAGAGAAUGAUCUCAUAUGAUACUGUUUUUAUGUUCAGUUGACAAACUUGAGGCAGUAAAAGAUUAUAUAUAAACAUUAACAUACAAUGGUAGCAUAGGAACUACUUCCAACCCAUCUGUCAGAACCCAAGCUCCUGACUACUUUUAUUUAGUAAAACCAUAUGGUAAUAAAGAAUUCUAGUGCUCUUUCUGCAGUAGGAAUUCUGUAUUUAAAUUGCACACCCUUCAAGAUGUGUCUGCUGGGAUGCCACCAUAAAUAAGAAGCAUUAGGAGUGUGAUGGCCUGUUUUGUUAAAAGGGAAAUAAUUGCAAGGGACAUGAUCAAAGUGCCUUGAUGAACAUAUAUGAACAAAUUUGCACUAAAGCUUUUUAAAGUAAAAGAAGAAAAAAUAAUUCUAAUUUGUUUCUCAACAUAUACAUGCCAAUGCUUUGGCAUUUUUUUUUCCUGAAAGGAUGUUAUUUCAAAGCUUCUAUCUUAUACCUAAUAACAUACCUUAAAAGAGGAAAAUUUAACUGAAACUCACCUGCACAGCCAGUGAUUGUAUUGAACUGCCACUUUCACAUCAUCUACAUGGAUUUAGUUGAUCUUUUAGAAGAAUCCUGAAUGGAGUGAGACAGCCUAAAAGCAUGAAUAGGAGCACUACAGACCUGCAAGCAGAAAUCCCUGCUCUGGUGACUCCUCUGUAUCAAUCAGACUGAAAACUGCAAGAGGAUACUCAGUAUUAUCAAACUCUAAGUGAUUGUGUAAAUACUACAGACAAGAACAAACCUUACUGGAAUAACAUCUGGAUUUAUGGAGCCUUUUACAUGGAAAAAAAAAAAAAAAUUCAUUUUGCUAAAGUAAUCCUCCCCCCAUACUGAAUCAGCCUCUGUUACCAGGGGAUGAAUUAUUUUUCCAUGUCUGCAAUGCCUUCAAGCACAAGUAGCACCACUGAAGUAUUUGAGACUGGCCCUUUUCCACUUCUGUCUCAAAGGGGAAGGCUCUCCAAGCAAAGUGCCUAUUAAAGCCUAAGCAUAAGCAUGUGCUGCUGAGGACUGUACCUCAGAAGAUUGGAUUGAUCUAUUCUGGAACUAAAUCUGGACAUCCCACUAGCUUCAGCAGAGUACAGCUGCAGGGAGCAGACUGAAAGAGAUACAAGAUUCAUAAACCACCUAAUGCAUCCUUAUUAAAACACAGAGCUGAAAUUCAGAUGAAUGAGGUUGAUUUUUAAAGUGCUUGAAAGGACACUAAAAUCAUUACAAGGUUUUUCCUUUAAAAACUCUUUUCUUAUUGUACAAGUUCUAAAAUGUGAUGUCCUUCUGGUUUGUAUCUUCAAGAUUUUUUCACUGUUGACUUACUGAAUACUCUUCUCCCUGUUUCUGAUUGUUUUAUCAAGAGAUGCCCAUUGUUUUAAAGGCACAUUAAGUAGAAGAAACUAAAGCUCCUAAAGAAACUAAAACUAAACAAAACGACUGAUUUGGAACAAAUUAUUUCAGAAACUCAUAGACUGAAAAUAUUCAGAUAACUCUUGGGGUGAGUGCAAUUUUUGACACAGCCUGGUAGUGUUGCAUGUUUUGCUGGUUAGCUGUGUUAAAUACUGUUGGGUAGUGGGAUCCAUGUCAUGCAAAGUUUGGAAAUGUUUGUUGAAUAAACUGGGACACAAUAAACAGAUAAAUGCUACAAAAAGGCUUAAAACUCCUUAAACACUGCAGAAGUUACAUAACUGCCCUUAAUGGGACAAUGAUUGUAUGGGGACAGCAAGAACAGUGAACCACAGCAUUCUGUCACCUUCCUUUUAUUGUCAUAUCUCCAUCCAGCCCCCUUAAGUACAGGGGAGGAAGAGAAAGCAUCUGCUUGCAAAGCCACAUAUUCCAAAGAAAACAUUCAAUUUCAGAAAACUAGUGGCAGGAGAUUUCAUACAAGUGUAGGAUAAUAAGGCAGAGCUCAAAUCUUUUUCCUGCACAGCACCAUUUAGUUAAGAAAAUCCAUGGAAUCACUAAGGAAUUUCUACUGUAUAUCAAGUAUUGCAAAGAUUUCUGAAAAGGUACAGCAAAAGUAGGCAGAAGAUGCAGAUUACAAACAAUUCAGAGAGAACAGAGGAGAGUUUAUUACAGUGUCUUACAAGAGCUCUUCUUCCUGUCCCUCACUCCUAAGAAUUACUGUAGGAAGCAUGGGUUUGAAGGCAACAUGAAGUGGAACAGCUUUUUACACUGCACUGCUCUCCAUGAGGAGAUGAACCCUCUUCCCUAUGCUCAAUAGGUGUUGCCAUGUAUUUAUUUUUUCCAGCAGUCUGUUGUAACAGCUCGAGAGGCUGGGGAAGUGCUAAGCCACUCCUGAAACAAUCCACUCCUUCAGCAACCUUGGAAGAGAGGUGUGAUCUCUGUUCUGGCUUUGUCAGUGCACUUACAAAAGAUAUAAAGAGAAAAUGAAUGGUUUUGCAAGACAUAAGUACCAGUUUUCAAACUGAAACAUAUGGUACCACCACGUCACGGGACCUGCCUGAUGUCCUGUCUCAUCCCAACAGAGCUGGUCUAAGGCACAUCAAAUGUCCUUGUGAAAGCUGCAAGAUGCCUCUUGAUUAUGAUGCACCUUCAAAGCAGAUCCAGUGCUUGGCUCCUUCAGUUAUUACAGGAUUGCUUAUGUUAUGCAAGUGCUAAACAGUUCUUAAAAAAAUUAUGUAUAUAUAUAUACUUGCUGUACCAACUGAAAACAGAUAAUUUACUACCCGUAGCUAUUUAAAUACAGAAAUUUAAACAGCCUUCAUUCCUGAUCUCCUGAAUCAGGAUCACUUUCUACAGUUUACAGUCUGGGUGUCCAACAGCAGCUCCACACAAACACACAAAACUCCUAUAGCAACAGGCACAGAUGAAAACUUAAAAAAAAAUAACCAGGAUGAACAUAAAAAAAAAAUCUGACUUCAAGCAGCUUUAUAAUGCAGGAGUCUGAUUAAAGUGGAGAUAGGAAAACAAGCAGCAAGACUGAGAUGUGACAGUCAUUUUACCUCUGCUCAUGACUGCAUCGAAGGCACACCGAUGACCUUUGAGCCAGUUCAGAAGCUGUCCUUUAUCUGUGAAAGUUCAAGUCAAUUGUGCUUUGAAUAAAUACUUCUCUGUAGUUACACUUGAACUGCUGCAUUAUAUACUAGAAAUACAGAAAGUGUCCAUGCACAGCCCUGAAGCACUUUGAGUAUAGCCCUUGGCAGGUCACUGAUGGCUCACAGAGGUCGGAGGCAUCACCAGCACACAGAGAUGGCAGGCACACUCCCACAGAGACACAGCACCCAGAGCGCCACAAUCGCCAUGGAAGAAGGAUGGAGAGCAAAACUUGCUGGUAGGAGUUCAGCAUUCAAGGUUACAGCUGCAGAACCCCAGCCAAGCUACUGUGAUGGAGCCUCUGCUAGGAUAAAUUCCCUACUUGGAGUUCAGGGAUGGAGUCUAACAGGGCUCUUCGAGGAAUAAUUCAGAGAGCAGCUGAGCUAGUUAUUAGUCAUUUGCCUUGUUCUUUUGUGGUUGUCACUAUAUUCAUUCAUAAAAAUCCCUCCCUUAAGCUUUAAAAGAAAAAAAAAAAAUCCAGUGCUUAAGACAGAGACCAGCAACUGAAUUUUGUAAGGCUUUGGGCUGACUCUCACUGGAGCACAGCACUGCUUAUAACCAAUGGGCUUCCCAGUGCCCUCGGCACACUCAGUACAACAAAAGCUGUACAGAUCACAGCAACCCUGAGAUAAUAAAAGUAUAAAGGAAGAGAUGGAAUAAAUGUGAGAUAUGUAUGAUAAUCUUGCCACCUAGAAGAGAUUCUGAAAAGGACACUCUUGCUAAUUACACAACAGGAGCAGCAGUGGAAAAAAAUAAGAGUCAGUAUAUUUGUGUUUUUCCUUUGUUUUACACACACACUCCCCUUAACUGGUAUCCGUGCAGGAUUCCCUGCAGAACUGUCACUAGUGUUAAAAAUCAGAUCUUUAUAGUCUUUUUGUCUGUACAAAGUACAGUUGGAAUUGAUUUUGAUCUCCCAAACUGACUGCAGAAAGGAAAGUCUUCUUCUCCCUUCUGUCUUGAUCAACCCUCCUAGAUGCCCUCCCUCCUAAGAACCAUGUAAGAAUUAGAAGCCCUAAUUAAACAUGACCAACUUGAGAUUAUAGUUUUGUCAUCUUCUUCCAAAAAAAAAAAGUAAAAAAAAAAGCAAAACACACAAUCAACGCCUCACCCACCCCAUAAACAAUAGUUCCAUUUAAAAAAAUAAAUAAAUAGUGUGUAUAUUUCAUGCUGAAAAAAAAAGUCACAGAAAGGAUUCAUUUUUGGUUUUCCCUCCCCCGAACACGACACCAGGCAUUUUCUCCCCCCUCCCCUGACGUAGACACGAUGGUACAUCCAACCAUGUGCAUCUGUGUUCAAAAUGAGUUUCUACUCCUGCACGGUCCCACAUGCAUCAGGGAGCAUCCAGCUUAGCUGCUAAAGCAGAGCAAAGGCUUUCAGGUUUUGGGUAUGGUCCCUGCCUGUUCCUUUGGUCCGUCUGUAAAAAGGCUCCUUGCUGCUCCCAGGUCUCUGCUCUUGUCUGUCGUCUCUGUUGCAGCGCGCCCUGGUCCCGUCACUGCAGCUUCGUACCCAGCUUGCGCUGUCUGUUCCUGCAAGGCAGCACAGGGGACCCCAGCUGUCACAGACAUAUUUUAUGGAAAAUCCUUUCGCCAGGAUCUUUACUCCUGAGAAGCUUCAGUUUCUCCAUGUUUUGCUGCUUUGGAAUGUGAUUUGGAGAAUUGUUUACCCAGCAUGUGAAAUUGUUUUUACUUGAUGACCAAUGACAGCCACCUGUGUCGAGGCUGUGAGCAGUCACAAGAUUUUAUUAUCAUUCCUUGCUAGCCUGCUGAUGAAAUCCUUUCUUCUAUUUUUUAGUAUAGUUUUAGAAUAUAAUUUUCUUUUAAUACAAUAUAUAUCAUAAAAUAAUAAAUCAGCCUUCUGAAA